GACAAAUUAUGGAUAUUAUUAUUAUUUGUCGUUGAUAUGAAUAACUGCUUAGCAUUAAAGUUGUUAACAAAUGUAGAAAACAAUUUGAUGGAAUGUUAUCGAUCAAUUAAACGCCAUGAGUUGAACAAAUUACAGGUCAAAAUAGAAUUGACCUUGAGAUCUCCAACACUUGUAGAGCGUACACACUACCAUCGUCUUAGCCGUUUAGUUCAGGUGAUUUAUGAAAUUGGUCAAUUAUGUAACCGUCUAGUUGGUCAAUUGACUUCACUACUUCUACAAACUGACAGUGAAAACAAUAAAUUGGCAAUGAUCAACGAAAGUAUUUUGGAUUGUGCAAACAACAGAAAUGGAGUGCCACUUGUGCACAAAAUUUCGCAGAUAUCCAACUUGGUUUACGAAAAAAUAAAUCAAGUGAACAGAACUCAAAUGGUUAGUGGACAAGGUCAAAGUAGUCUCACCGUCAAUACUAACAUGGAGGUGUUCAUUUCGGAAUUGCAUGUUUUAAUGGAUUGUUUAUUAGAGUGUUUGUGUUAUUUUUUAUUAAAUUUACAAAAACAACUACAAUUCAAAUCUUCAGACACAAUUUUAUCAUUAGCACUUCCUUCCGCGUCUCAAACUCCAUCAUCAUCAUCAUCAUCAUCAUUAUCACCGUCUCUACAGUUUUCACCAGCCUGGAUACAAACAUUGCUAGACAGUUUAUUGGACAUUGAAUCUCAUUUACCCAUGAAAUAUACUGAUCAAUAUGAUGCAGCACGAAUACGAUUAUUAAAAAACUGA